UUCUCUCUCCCCCUCUUUCCCUCUCUCUCUCUCUAAAAACCCAUCAAAGCUUUUACAAACCCAUCAAUGGUGUUUCCCUCUCACCCAUCUAAUUAUCUUGAUCCAACAACCCAUCAAUGGCAACAUCAAACCCCAACCCAUCAAUCUGGGACCAGUUUUCAGCUCGUGUCGCCGCCACGGGCGCCGCCACAAGUCCGCCCUGGCUCGAUGGUGGAUCGUGCCCGAAUGGCGAACCUGCCCGUGCCGGAAACAGCCCUGAAAUGUCCAAGAUGUGAAUCAACUAACACAAAGUUUUGUUAUUUCAACAACUAUAGCCUCUCUCAGCCACGCCACUUUUGCAAGACCUGCCGUCGUUACUGGACCCGUGGUGGCGCCCUUAGAAGUGUCCCGGUCGGCGGCGGCUACCGCCGGAAUAAUAAAAGAACCAAAAGUACCUCUAAAUCUCCGGUUAACUCCCAAUGCCAACCGACAACUAUUACUGAGAUUUCAGGAGGAGAAACAAUGAGAUUAAAUUACGUACAAAAUGAAGGAGGUAUGGAUUCAACUCAUCCCCCCAUUGGGAUAACAAGCUUCUUAGGGUUUGAUCAAAUUCAAUGGCGGCCACAGCUUCAGCUACACCGAUCGCAGCCAGCUCGGUUACUCGGAAACGAUGGUGGUGGUGGUGGCGACGCAUCGUCGAGCUAUAGCAUUGUCGGGAAGAUGGAAGCGACGAAAAUGGAGGACGAUGGAGAACACCAUGUGAAUGUGGGAAAGCCAUAUUGGGAUCGCCAUUAUUGGAAUGCUUUUAAUCCUUCAUCUUCUUCUUCCCAUUUAUGAGGGUUUGAUGAUCUCUUUCAUUAACAACUUUGGAUCUUUUUUUUGUUCGUAAAUUAGGGUUUCAUGUUGAAGAACUCUUUUGGGUCGUUUUUAAAUGUGAAGAGAGUGCUUCGAUUUAUAUAUUUGAUUGUGUUUUUCGUAAA